AUGGUAAGCCAGUUUCUGUCAGUUUAUGCACACUCUCAGUUACCCAUAACCCUACUAAAGGCAGCUAUCAACCUUCCAAUGUUGGUUGAGCUGAAGAGUGGUGAAACAUACAACGGACAUUUGGCUGCUUGUGAUGAUUGGAUGAAUAUACACUUGAAAGAAGUGAUAUGCACUUCAAGGGAUGGUGACCGAUUUUGGAGGAUGCCAGAGUGCUACAUACGUGGAAGUAUCAUUAAAUACCUCCGGAUACCGGAUGAUGUUAUCGACAAAGUCAAGGAGGAUAUACAGUUGGCGAAAGCUCGCAGUCGCUCGCAAUCUGCUGAUGGUGCAAGAGGUGGCUUUCAUCGGAACAAAGGCAAAGGUCGAGGUGCUCCAGGCACCGGUGGUCCUCGUGGUGGUGGACGAGGAGGUUCCGUGGGACGAGGAGGUGCCCCUGGUGGUGGUGGUGGUGGUGGACCUGGCCGUGGAAGCUUCCGUGGAAAAUGAACUUUUCUUGCUUCUCAUUUUCCUUUUUUUGUCCUGUAAAUAUAUGGCCAUAUUUUACAUGCAGAGCGACCAUCUG